AUGGCCGCUCUUGCUGCCCUCUUAUUCACUUUGAACCUCUCUCGAGAAAUCCAUCCUCUUCUUUCCCUGACGUGGGUGGCUGAUUCUGAAGAUCACUGCUCGGUAUCGGCAACUCCUGUUUCCCCCGGUGAAGAACUCACUAACGGGAACAGCUCAAAGAGGCUGUCCAAUUGUCCGCCGGCAUUCAGCUUGAUAGCAAUCCCGAAGGUCGAGAAUGACGAACAAAACAACGACGACGAGGUGGAGGAUUCCGGUGAGCUGAACAUUGGUUCUUUUCCACAAGGUUCCACAGCCUUGGACCUCGUCAGCGGGCUGUUCGCCACGUUACAGCACAAGAUGCCAGGCGUUGGUUCCGAGUGGAAUUCAACGCCGGAAUUGAAGGCGCGUCAGUUCGUCUCGAAUCACGCACGAAUCCCUCCUUACAAGCAACUGGAAGGCUUCCAGACGAGAAUGAAAGGCUGGCAAAGGGAGUACAUCAAAGACAUCAUUAAAGAAGGACAUUACCCUACCGAAGAAGAGCUUCGAGACAUUGAAGUGAAAUGCGACCUUAGUCGAAAACAGGUAACUAGUUGGAAUUCUUUGUAA